UUCAAAGUUCAAUAAUCAAAACAUAUUUCAGAUUGACACAGAAUGACGCACUCAGAUAUUACGGAGGAGGGGACGAAGGAGAAACCAGAUGAUAUCCAGGCUGCACAGGCUGGGCCAGCUUCUACAGACCAAGUUAUUCUCGCUACAGCAGGUUACGAUCAUACCAUCAAAUUUUGGGCAGCUCACAGUGGUGUCUGUACUAGAACACAUCAACACCCUGAUAGUCAGGUGAACUGUUUGGAGAUUACCCCUGAUGGGAAUAUGCUUGCUGCUGGGGGUUACCAGCAUAUAAGAAUGUAUGAUUUAACGUCUGGCAAUCUCAACCCUAUUGUAAAUUAUGAUCAAGGAAUUACUAAGAACGUUAUGGCUGUAGGCUGCCAGGAUGAUGGGAAGUGGAUGUAUACAGGAGGGGAAGAUUGCUCUGCUAGAAUAUGGGAUCUAAAAAUGAGAAAUUUAUCUUGUCAAAGGAUAUUUCAAGCAAACGCCCCGGUUAAUUCUGUUUGUUUGCAUCCAAAUCAGCAGGAAUUGAUAGUAGGAGAUCAAGCUGGAGUUAUACAUAGAUGGAAUCUGAAGAAUGAUCAGAGUGAACAAUUAAUCCCUGAACCCGGAACAGCUAUUCAACAUAUAGAUAUUGAUCCUGUAGGACAAUAUAUGGCGGUGGUAAAUAGUAAGGGUAAAUGUUAUAUUUGGAGUUUAAGUACUGGAGAAGAUAAUACACAACUCCUUCCUAAAAUACAAAUUCCUGCACAUGAUAAAUAUGCACUCUGUUGCAAAUUCAGUCCGGAUUCUAGUUUGUUGGCGACUACUUCAGCAGAUCAGACUUGUAAAAUCUGGAGAACUUCAGAUUUUAGUCUUCAGGAAGUUAAUCCGGUUCACGAGCUUACUUGUGAAACACAGAGGUGGGUUUGGGAUUGUUCUUUUACAGCAGACUCCGCCUAUAUUGUUACAGCCAGCAGUGACGGGGCCGCAAGGUUAUGGAACACAAAAUCAGGGGCAUUGAAAAGAGAAUAUUUGGGACACCAGAAAGCUUUGACGAGUGUGGCUUUCCGAGAUAUCAGUCAUGUGAAGUGAACAAACAAGGAUCGGCAAAUCUACAGAUCACUGUGCUUACUGUUCUAAAAACAGAUUUCCUACGCUAAAUAUUCCUCUAAUGUAAAUCAACCUGAGUAUAUUAUAGGGUUCAAGAAAGAAUUCACACAUUGGACCUUCUGAUCUGCCAAUUUCAAAUAAAAAAAAAACCUGAUUAUUUUGAAGGAACUCUUGAUAAUAUCGGGGUAACUCUACUAAA